GGGCCGUACGUCUUUUUCAAUAGGGAUUGGUGUGGGCUCACAAUGGUAAGAAGUUGGUAUGGUGAGGUUAAUAGAAAAUAGCUAGAUGCCGUAACUUUAGUUGCAUACCGAUUCUCGAAGAGCUUAAGUUAGACGUUAAGGUAAGCCUUUGGAACCGAAUAUUCCCCGCGACUUGCUGGGUGAUUAGUACGCUAAACGCUAAACCGCUAAACUGCUAAACUGUGUAUCCCGCACAGACGCAUUCUGCAUUCGUCAUUUCCCAGUUUAACUGCAAGGUACAUAGGUAUGUACAUGCGUACCUUCUAAAGUGGAACCGAUUUGGGGCGUUUUUGAGGCGUCGCCUUCCUGUACAAGAACGCGAACAAACAAGCUAAGGUUCUAGUAGCUUCAACCACAUACAUUAAACUAACCUUCGUUUACAAAACAUAAUUCUCAUAAAGCAUAAUGAUAUCGGUCCUUUCUUAAUCUAGCCAUAUCCCUGGCGACCUAGCUGGUCACUAGUUUGCGAUGUUAACGUGGCAAACGAAUACUUAACCUGGUCAAUUCCAACGGUUCUUUCGCCAUCAACUUAACCAUUUAUCUCCAAUCCGAAUCACUGUUUCCUCGAUCUGCGAAUCUGCGAAUCAUACAAUCCUCAACACACGAAGCUUUGACUUCGAUCAUGGCGCACAAUAAUGGUAGCGAGGCGCUUUCGCCUCGUUCUUUUGCGAUUCAGCAUCAACGACCUAAGGAUAGUUUCGUUGGCUGCUCUCGGAUUAGCGACUACGAGCUCCUAGGCAAAUUAGGAGAGGGUACUUUUGGUGAAGUUCACAAGGCGAGAGCACGAAAAAAUGGUGCGCUGGUUGCUUUGAAGAAGAUCAUAAUGCACAACGAGAAAGAUGGAUUCCCAAUUACAGCGCUUCGAGAAAUCAAGCUUCUUAAGUUGUUGUCGCACAAGAAUGUCUUGCGCCUGGAGGACAUGGCCGUGGAGCAUCAUAGUAAGAUGACCGACAAGAGGAAACGACCGAUCAUGUAUAUGGUAACGCCGUACAUGGAUCACGAUUUAUCUGGCCUACUCGACAACCCGUCCGUCCAAUUCACGGUACCGCAGAUUAAAUGCUACCUCCUCCAGCUCCUCGAAGGUCUCCGUUACCUACACGACAGCAAGAUUCUCCAUCGAGAUAUGAAGGCCGCCAACUUACUUAUUAGUAACAAAGGCAUAUUACAGAUUGCUGACUUCGGUCUUGCAAGACAUUACGAGGGACAAGUCCCCGAAAAAGGAAAAGGUGGUGGCGAGGGUCGGAGAGAGUACACUAGUCUUGUAGUCACCCGAUGGUACCGACCUCCUGAGCUCUUGUUACACCUUAAAAAAUACACCACUGCUAUUGACAUGUGGGGUGUUGGUUGUGUCUUCGGUGAGAUGUUGGUCGGCAAGCCCAUCCUAGCCGGCGAGAGCGAUACGCACCAGCUCGAAAUCAUCUUUGACCUAGUUGGGACUCCGACGGAGCAGACCAUGCCAGGAUGGAAACAGCUACCUGGUGCUGAGGCUAUCAAUCCGCGACCGCGACCCGCAUCAUUGGCGCAGCGAUUCCGCGAACACGGUUCAAGCGCUAUCUCCCUAUUGAAAGAGCUCCUGACACUUGACUGGCGAAGUCGUAUUAAUGCCAUCGAUGCGCUAGAACACCCCUACUUCAAGUCUUCUCCUUUCCCGGCAAAACCAGAAGACCUCCCCACCUUUGAGGACAGCCACGAAUUGGACCGUAGGAAAUUCCAUGAUCGAAAAGCUGCUCUACCGCCCGCCCCUCAGGGCGGCACUGUCGGUGUCGGUGCAUUUGGAGGUCCCAAUGCGGAAUUUAGUAAUAGUGGUGGGUAUGGUAAUAGACGAUACCCCAAACAUCACGGCGGAUAUCGGGGCGGCGAAGAGGGCCGUCGACCUGCCUGGGCCCGGGACCAACCUCACAUGGAUCAUCGAUUACCGCCACGCCCCCCUCCACCUGAAUACCCAGGAAAUGGAUGGGAUAACCCCGCCGAGCAUCACGACUCAUUCAGGGAUAGGGCGCCGAGAAAUCGUGGGGCUAAUCGACCGGAUGUUGACACCUACAUCCCUCACUACCGUGACGGUGAUCGACCACCUAGAGAGGAUCGACCACUUAGAGAGGAUCGGCCACCGAGAGAUGAUCGUCGAAGAUGGGAGGAUCGAGAUGGUAGACGACGUGACCGGGACCGUCGCGAAGGAGACUACGACGACCGUAGCCGUGCGAGCCAAACACGCAGUCGCAGCCGCUCGCCCGUCCGGGACAGAGAUCGAGACGUAUAUCGGCGAUAGAAUCGCGAUGAGCCUCGGAGAAGAAGGUCAAAUGCCCCAUCCCCACCUCCGCCGCCGCCGCCUCUUCCCCACAAGUCGAUUUUCCCCAAAACUAAGAACGAUUCCUUUUCCCCUAGUCUCUAUUAACUCAUUUUAUGGUCGGAUUUGCGGACAGGGUAUGCAGCAAGCCAACGGAAGGGCCGUGGUACAUGGUUUUGUUUUUGGCGUUCCGCGUUAUAUGCGUAGUGAUU